ACGCCUCCUUCGUUCAGCAAUCAGCAGUUGGCCAGUUACCGACCGCUUCCAGCAUCCAGCCAAGCCCGCGAGCCGCACGCCGCUCCUGCUCCCGCUCCCGCUCCGAGCGCCUCAGGCCAUGUCAGGCGGCGUCGGCCCGACGGCGGGGGGCGGCAUCACGCUGCCAUCCAUGGGCGCGCCCCCGCCGCCGCUGCACCCGACGCCCACGUCGCCGACGACGCGCCCGCACCACCACUACUACCUCUUCUCCAUCAAGCAGCUCAACACGCUGGGCGCGGCGGCCGUGCUUGCCUUCUCCACCACGGUCCCGCUCUCGGAGAUCGCCUUCGCGGUGCUCCUCCCCCCCUACCUCCUCGUCCUCGCCUGGCUCGCCUUCCCGCAGCGCCCGGGGAAGCCCAACCCGGCCGCGCCCGUCUUCCCGGGCGUCGGCGGGCGGCUCCGCCUCGCCUUGCACACCGCGGUGGGGUUCGUCGUCGGCGCCGCGCUCCCGGCGCUCUACAUCCUCGACGGCCUCCGGGCCGGGGACACGGCCGGCGUCGCCGCCGCGGCCCCGCACGCGUUCCUCCUCUCCGCGCAGGUGUUCACCGAGGGCAUCGCGGCGGCGUGGCCCGGCACCUUCUCGCUCCCCGUCAGGGCCGCCGUGCCCGUGAUGUACAGCGCGCGCAGGAUGUUCGCGGCGUCCGAGUGGCUGCGCCAGGAGCUGCAGGAGCGGGACGACCUCGGGCGCGGCCCGCCCGUGCCGCCGCGGCGGGUGGUGGCCGGCAGGGCGCUCGCGGCAGCCAACCUCGCCUUCUGGGGGCUCAACCUCUUCGCCUUCCUGCUGCCCUUCUACCUGCCCAGGGCACUCAGGAGAUACUAUCUCGGCAACGACCAUGAGGAUGACGGCGGCGCACGCGCGCACUCGAAGCAGCAGCAGCAGCAGCAACAGGGUGAAGCGAAGAAGGAUUCGUAGAUCAGGGUAAAAUAGACGUGGAACAAGCUGUACUACUGCCUCUGUGCCUGCAUUAUGUAUGCCAGUAGCUUAUCUUGUUUGAUGCAUACAAAACUUUCCAUGUUAUUACCAGCA